UCUUGCCAAGAACCCUAAUUUCUAGUCUCUUUUUCCUCUACUUGCUCUACCUAGGCGCCAGGGCGAUGUUUCUCACCAGGAGCGAAUAUGAUCGCGGCGUCAACACCUUCUCGCCAGAGGGCCGGCUCUUCCAAGUAGAAUACGCCAUAGAAGCAAUCAAGCUCGGAUCGACAGCGGUGGGUCUCAAAACGAAUCAUGGGGUCGUUCUUGCUGUCGAGAAGCGGAUUACUUCGCCGCUACUGGAGCCCGCCAGUGUGGAGAAGAUCAUGGAGAUCGAUACGCACAUAGGGUGUGCUAUGAGCGGCCUCAUUGCCGAUGCUCGCACGCUGGUGGAGCAUGCACGAAACGAAACUCAGCAUCAUCGAUUCUCAUACAACGAGCCGAUGAGUGUGGAGAGCACAACUCAGGCUUUGUGCGAUUUAGCUCUUCGUUUCGGUGAAGGCGAUGAGGAAUCCAUGUCUCGACCUUUUGGUGUAUCUUUGUUGAUUGCGGGACACGACGAGAAGGGACCCUGCUUGUACCACACAGAUCCAUCCGGGACGUUUUGGCAGUGCGACGCGAAAGCCAUUGGCUCGGGCUCGGAGGGUGCGGACACAUCCUUGCAAGAAAGCUACAACAAAGAGAUGACCCUUGAGGAGGCAGAGACGCUUGCUCUAUCGACGCUGAAGCAAGUUAUGGAAGAGAAGGUAACGGCUUCCAAUGUGGAUAUCGCGAAAGUGGCUCCAGUCUUUCAUCUCUAUACACCAGCUGAAGUGGAGGUUGUCAUUGGCCGCUUAUAAACUUUCAGCAGUGUUGCUCUUCGUUUUUUGCUUGAGGGACUAACUUCUAUUCAGCCCGAGUAAAUCCAAUGAAAGUUCUUUCUUCGAA